CUCGCUCGGGCUGCUCCGUGGAAGCAUCGAACCCACCCUCCGGUUCCUCCGGUGUGACGCACAGAUCCCGGUCAGUCAGUCCGUCCGGCUCCGCUCGAUUCAGCUCGGCUCCGUCCGCACCACAACAUGCAGGAUGGCGAGUGUGGAGACAGCCGCCGAACACGAGCGAAUCCUGCGGGAGAUAGAGAGCACGGACACCAACUGCAUCGGACCGACUCUCCGGUCGGUGUACGACGGUCAGGAACAUGGGCUGUUCAUGGAGAAGCUGGACGCCCGCAUCAGGAACCACGACCGGGAGAUCGAGAAGAUGUGUAACCACCACUUCCAGGGCUUCGUGGACUCCAUCACCGAGCUGCUCAAGGUCCGAGGGGAGGCUCAGAAGCUGAAGAGUCAGGUGACUGAGACCAACAGACGUCUUCAGGAUGACGGCAAAGAUCUCAUGAGCUCCAUGGAGGAGCUGAAACAGUGUCGAGUGCAGCAGAGGAACAUCGCCACCACCAUCGACAAACUGACCCACUGCCUCCCAGUCCUGGAGAUGUACAGCAGACUGCAGGAGCAGAUGAAAGCUAGAAGGUACUACCCUGCUCUGCGUACUCUGGAACAGCUGGAGCAGACGUGUCUUCCCCGGGCCGGUCAGUACCGGUUCUGCUCCAUCAUGGCAGAAAACAUCCCCAAGCUGAGGACUCAGAUCCGGGACACGGCCAUGACGCAGCUCAGAGACUUCCUGGAGAGCAUCCGCAAGCACUCGGACAAGAUCGGAGAGACGGCCAUCAGACAGGCCCAGCUCCAGCGCUCAUUGGACAGCUCCGUCUCCCCCCAGCCGAGGGCUCUGAUUGGCCGACGCAGCAGGAGGGAGGCCGCGGUGGGAACGGAGAGCGACGGUCAGGGUGGCAGCCCGUCGUCAGAACAGGACUCCGGCGUUCUGGACGUGGAUGAAGAGGAGGAGGACGAAGUUCCAGGAGCUCAGGAUUUGGUGGAUUUCUCUCCAGUGUACCGCUGUCUGCAUAUCUACACUGUGCUGGGUUUGCGUGAUGUGUUUGAGAACUACUACAGAAAGCAGAGGAGGAAACAGGCUCGGCUGGUGCUGCAGCCUCACUCUAACAUGCAUGAAACUCUGGAAGGAUACCGGCGGUACUUCAAUCAGAUUGUUGGCUUCUUUGUGGUGGAAGAUCACGUCCUUCACACCACUCAGGGUCUGGUGAACAGAGCGUACGUAGAGGAGCUCUGGGAGCUGGCUCUGUCCAAAAUCAUCGCUGCUCUGAGGACGCACUCUUCGUACUGUGAUGACCCAGACCUGGUCCUGGAUCUGAAGAACCUCAUUGUCCUGUUCGCUGACACUCUGCAGGGUUAUGGUUUUCCAGUGUCUCAGCUGUUCGACAUGCUGCUGGAGAUGAGGGAACAGUACGGAGAAAUCCUGCUCAAGAGGUGGAACAUCACCUUCAGGCAGGUGUUGGAUCAGGACAACUACAGUCCAAUCCCAGUCUCUACUGAGGACGAGUUCAGACACUACACCUCCCAGUUUCCCCUGCAAGACCCUGAACUGGAAAAGCUUCCCUUCCCAAAGAAGCUUCCCUUCUCUGAGUUUGUGCCAAAAGUCUACUGCCAACUGAAGGAGUUCAUCUACGCCUGUCUGAAGUACUCUGAAGAUCUGCAUCUCAGUUCCACAGAGGUGGACGAUAUGAUCCGUAAGUCGACUAAUCUGCUGCUGACCAGAACUCUGAGCCACUGUCUGCAGUACGGCAUCAAGAAGAAGAACGUGGGCCUGGCAGAGCUGGUGCAGGUGAUCAUCAACACCACCCACCUGGAGCAGAGCUGCCACUUCCUGGAGGAGUUCAUCUCCAACAUCACCAACGUUCCUCCGGAUACGGUGAACGCCACCAAACUGUACGGAACGUCCACCUUCAAGGACGCCCGUCACGCUGCUGAGGCUGAGAUCUACACCAGUCUGAACGCUAAGAUCGACCAGUUCCUGCAGCUGGCCGACUACGACUGGAUGGCGGCGGUUCAAGGGGGCGGAGCUUUAACGGCCAGCGACUACCUGAUCGACCUGAUCGCCUUUCUGAAGAGCACCUUCAGCGUCUUCACCAACCUGCCAGGAAAGGUGGCCCAGACGGCCUGCAUGUCGGCCUGCAAACACAUCUCCACCUCCCUGAUGCAGCUGCUGCUGGACCCGGAGCUCCGUCAGGUCUCCAUGGGAGCUCUGCAGCAGCUCAACGCCGACGUCCAGGAGUGUGAAGGUUUUGCCAGAGCCGGGCCGGUCGCAGGCUUCCAGGGUGACACGUUGCUUCUGGCCUUCAGUGACUUGAGACAAUUACUGGAUCUGUUCACUCAGUGGGACUGGUCCACCUACCUGGCUGACUACGGGAAACCCACCUGUAAAUACCUGAGAGUGAACCCACACACCGCCCUGGCCCUGCUGGAGAAGAUGAGGGAGACGAGCCGGAAGAACAACGUCUUCGCCCAGUUCAGGAAGACGGACAGAGACAGACAGAAGUUGAUCGACACCGUCAUCAAACAGCUGAGGAACCUCAUCGCUCAGCACCACGCCUGAUUGGUCAGCCACCAUCUGUCGUCCAAUCAGAUCCAACCGAGGCCUGUCUAUGCAGCUUGACUUCAACUCGCAGUCCAAACUUGGAGGAACCCGAACUGUGCAAUCUGAUUGGUUGCUUCAAAUUGACAUGCUGUGGAGCCCCCUAGAGGUCAGGGUGACACGUUCCUUCUUUUCCAAUAGUUGGUCCCAUUUAGUUGAACCCCACAAGGCCAAACUAACCCAGAUAUUCAGCCACAGCUGCUCACUGAGAUCUCCCUUUUAGAAUGAAUAAAGAGCAAUAAAUGUAGAGUUCCACCUGGACCAAACCAACUGUUCACACAGGAGAAGAAGGAACAUCUCAACCCUCACAGGCCUCUAUUCAAACCACCUGUUAAACUUUGUUUCUUACCAGUAAAAGACCAAAACUAACAACAGGCAUUGUCUUGGUGAAGUCCUGCAGCUCUAAAUGUGUAUUAAUCCACCGCUGAAAAUAGUCCCCAGAAAAUCCACUGUUAACUGACUAACGUUAGUGAUGAUGACCCGCUGUUGGAGCAUCGCUGAGCCUCUUUACUAAUAAAACAACAUAUUAAAGAUUGACUUCAUCAGACGGUGUGUUUAGUUGGUUUUGGUCUUUUCUUGUCACUAACUUUAGUCUUCAAUAUGAAACAAUAAUGUUGAAGAAACUCUGAUCUAUGGAGAAAAAAAAGAAAAUUAACAAAUUAUUGUAACAUUUAUUCAUGAAAUUGCAGCUAAAACAGUCCAACAGUAACGUAGUAAAUAAACCUGCUGUCAGACUUUGUUCUUUUUACAUCGUAGGAACUCUGUUAGGAUUGAGAGCAAAAAUCUGAGUGAGUUUUCAGUAAGAACUUGUAUAUUUGUGCCAUUUUUCUUUCCGGAGCGGGCCUGUCUUCCUCAUCGCUGUGGUGAAACUACAGAACAUAUUGAAUGUACAUCAGAGACUUGUCUUCCGUGGUUUUAGUUCGCAAGCGUAUCAGAAUGUUACUGCAGAAUCCUUUAUCUUCUUACCCAACAUGGCAACCCUUGUCACUAUACAACCUGCAAACACUUGAAUGGGGCGAGAUCUGGCAACCUGAAGUCCUCAGUUCAACUCCUGAGGCGUAACAUUGUCCGAGCAAUUUCUACUCGUUCUGUAUAAAUAACUGGGUCUUAAAGAGGGAAAUCGCUCCAACCUGGCAACCGCUAUGGCCUGUACAGCCUUCAGUUUGCCUGGUUGAUUAGAAAGUAUAGAAACCAUUUUACUAACGCUGAGCACAUGUCCUGUCUUCCAUUAACUGAAGCACAAUACCUAAUUACACUAGAUGAUUCUCCUACUAACCGGGUCUUUCUGUUGCUUUUUCAACUUGGGUGCAAUAACAGCGAUUUGUGUUUCUGUAUGUUUGUGUAAAUGCCGGCGCUUCGUAAAGGGAUUCAGACCUACACUGUGAGUCUGGAGGGAAAUUUAAGAUGUUUGCAUUGAGUUUUUUUUUCCAGUCUUCGCUGGGUUUCAUUUGUUAGAAAGGGAUUAGGGCUGUCGUCGUGGAAUGUGCCUUUGCUGUAUUUUGUUGUUUUUCCUGCCAAUAGAGCAGCGACACUGUGGAGGUGGAACUCUGGAUGCAGGUUAAAGUCAAAGCUCACAAAUAAUCUGAACUUAGAGAUUUGUGUCUAAGUUCUCCAUUAGUUUUUGGGUCAUUCCUUAACUUUUGUAUAUUUAAUAAAACCUUCUAUCUUCAUACUAAGAACACAACUAAGACAUAUUUUACCACAGAGUUGAUUGUAUCAAGAAGAUGAUCUUGGUAUCAAAUCCAGGUUUGAGAAGAGAGUACUUAAUGGUCAUGAACGCUAACUUUUAGAAUCCUAACGAGGACUGUUCAUUUGUAGUAAAAAGUCUUCAAAUCCAGAGUUCUGAAACUGAACUUCCCGUCACUGCUUUUUGUUUAGUUUUUUGCAAAGCAGAAGUUGAGAUGGAAGCACUGUUCACGUCUUUGUAUGAAACCACUAAUGAAUGAAACUAAAUACUAAUUAAGUUGUGAUGUAUGCCAACUGAUAAAUAUGUAAUAAAUGGAAAACUGCUACGAUA